CCAGCUUUCUCUUCCUUCUCUCCUAAGAGUCGCUCAGCUCAGUCCUCCAUCAUGGAAGAACCACUGAUUUCAGAGUCUGAAGCUCAUACUUCCACCACAACCACCACCACCACCACUUCCACUUCCACCACCGUCACCAUUACCUCUGCCGCCUCAUCAACGACUGGCUACACAAAAUCCAAGCAAAACCAGAAGAACUCAGUAGCAGUGAAGACCCAAAAAGGUUCAAAGAAAGUAGGAAACAGUGGCAAUGAGAGUAACAAACACCCUAAUAGCGACGGUGACGGCGAUGGCGACGGCGACGGAGACGGAAAACAUCCGACCUAUCGUGGCGUUCGGAUGCGAAAUUGGGGCAAAUGGGUGUCUGAAAUCAGAGAGCCUAGAAAGAAAUCAAGGAUCUGGCUUGGAACAUUCCCUACGCCGGAAAUGGCGGCUCGAGCCCACGACGUAGCCGCUCUUACAAUUAAAGGCAAUUCAGCUUACCUCAACUUCCCAGAGCUAGCUCAAGAACUUCCUCGUCCUGCCACCACUUCACCAAAGGACAUCCAAGCCGCCGCCGCCUUAGCUGCGGCAACGGUGUUCACGGUGGUAACUCCGAGAAGCCAUGUAGUAUCAGAAGCCAAGCCGAGCCAAGCCGAGGUGCAAAUCUUUCACUCUCCUACUCCUACUACAACUUCAGAAGACACCCAAGAAUCUUUCUCUGUUUCUCAAUCAAUGGAAGAUGAUGAGGCAUUUUUGGACUUGCCGGAUCUCCGUAGUGAUCUCACGGCAACAAAUCCAAUUGACAGAUUUGGGCUUUAUUCUUCAUGGCUAUCAAGUGCUGCUGGAGCUGAACCGUUCUUGUGGGAGUACUACUAAUAAGAGAGCUCACAAUUCAAAAACUGUUUAUGUGAAUGUACAUCACUGACUUGCAGAAAUUACCACAUUUGGGAGCCAAAAGUUCCUUCUUUGGCCUAACAGAAAGAAGCCCAGUUGAGGGAUAGAUUGUUUUAAAUCUUUAGAGAUCAUGGGUUUUGGUGUCUUUGCUCUUUCUGUUCAAUUCUUGAUCAACUUCUUUACAGGAUUUUUGCAGGGACCGGAAAGAGGUAGGGAGUUGUCCAGUUCAUUGUCUCAUUUGCUAAUAUGCGCCCUGAAGGUGAUUGGGUCUUUAGCCUUCACCUAUUUAUAUAUAGUUGAUACAUUCUCUCUCUCUCUCUCUCUCUCUCUCUCUCUCUCUCUCUCUCUCUCUCUCUCCAGUGCCCCCAAUGUGUAUGAGACUAUGAGUGGCAAUAGAAGUGUAAUUCAAGGUUUUCACUGGAGGGGUCUCUCAUGGUUUUGGGUCA